GAGACGGCAAUCUCUAAUGGGCUUUGGAAAAUGGAGGCGGCUCAACGGCAGUAGGCGUACCUAGCUCUAACAUAAGGGGUGUAGUGAUCGUCGAAAUUCUAAUAUUAGCAUUAGCAUUCAUUGAUUGUGUCUGGGGGAGGUUGAGACGGAGGGUGCACGAGUGUGUUUGUGUUGCGUGUCCAGCAGCCAGCAGAGUUUUUCCUCUUUCAGUCAGAGAGAGCUCUAAUGUCAGGCGAGGGUGAAAUGGCGAGUCCGCCGCAAAAGCAACCGCUGGAAAACACCGACAAUAACGCGACUGCACCGUCGCUUGUUCGCAGAAGGAAACUGGUCGAGUGCGCCCAGGAUACAAUUGAACAAGCUUCCGAAUUGAUUAAACGAAGGAUUCCUUGUGUUGGUCACGUCUUAGCACCCAAACGACUUUGGUUGAAACGGGUCUCAACGCCAAAUUGCGACGUAGUCGUCGUCUUCCCACCUAAUACCCAGGACUCUGUUCUUCUGUGGCUGCUGUCCAGGUUACGGCAGUCGCCCGGAUUGACGGUCCACGUUAGACAUCACGCAUCUACCCAAAGCAGCGCCUUCUACUUAACAGCUCCAAUUGCAAUUUUGCUAAGGGCCGCAGAAGAAUACCACUUGCCGAAAUCACUGAAGGCUUCCAAAGGUGGUGGAUUGAAAGAGUUUAUCGCGCACGACGUGCAGUAUUUUGAGGGUUCCGAUAACGAGCAGAGCUUCUUCACCAGCCAAGAGCGACAAUGGUUGGUUCUAAGACUUCUCGAGAGUAUCAGGGCCAAAACUUCCGAUUCCAACGCACUAUCCGGAUUGAACCUCCCUGAAGGCCAACCGAUUGUACCCAAAUGCCUUUCUGCGGGUAUAAUUUCUCAAGUAUUUCCUCUGCAUGAACCAUCGUCCCUUGACAAACUUCAAAACACGUGGGUUCGGGAUGUCUUCGCUAAACAACCAUUGGAUGAAAUUGCAGAAUAUUUUGGAGUAAAAAUCGCAAUGUACUUUGCAUGGUUGGGUCAUUACACAACAGCGCUCAGUAUACCAGCCGUUGUUGGUUUUAUCUUCUGGUAUAACAACAAUGACAUCACACCACUAAUCCCUUCUUCUCUGUGCUGCAAUGGUAAACACCAAACUCUUGAGGACCUUGGAUACGUGCUGUUCUCUGUGUUCAACAUCGUUUGGGUUACAACUUACCUGCAGGCUUUCAAGAGAUAUUCCGCGGAAUUAGCAUUUCGGUGGGGCACUCUAGACCAGAGGGAUGACCUACUUGCUGAACCUAGGUCUCUCUUUCGAGUCUCACGUCAUGUGAUCUGUUUUCAGGGUCCAUUGCAGGAGAGUCCAGUUACUGGACGCUUAGAACCAUGGCAACCAGCUUGGAAAAGGCAUGUUUACAGGUAUUGCGUGACAGUGCCUAUCAUUGCUGUCUGUCUUUCGGCCGUCUUUGUCGUCAUGAUAGCCUCGCUUCAUGUCCAGGAUUGGUGGGAUAACUUUGUGCAAUCGAGAGGGUACCCCGAUUGGUUGGGAUACCUGCCCAAGAUAAUGCUGGCCGUAGUGAUCACUCUUAUGGACGAAGCCUAUUUCAAGAUCGCUCUAUGGCUUAACGACAAAGAAAACUACAGGCUUGAAACCAAGUAUGAAAACCACCUCAUCGGCAAAGUGGCUUUGUUUCAAUUUAUCAAUUCUUUCCUGUCUCUAUUCUACAUUGCGUUUUAUCUCCAGGAUCAGGCUAGGCUCAAAGAGCAAUUAGCGGCGCUGUUAAUUUCACGUCAAGUCAUCGGAAAUUUGAAAGAGUCCGCUAUUCCGUACAUAUUGGAGCACAUGAAAUUAGCAAAGAUCAGUUUUGAUCUUUGGGGCGCAUUGAGUCCUACCGGGAAUAGAUUACCACCUGGCGAAGGAGAAGAGGGUCAGGCCAAGAGCGAAUCAGAAGAACCAAAAGACUCACCAGUGGAUAAAAGAAGCAUGAGCCAAGCAGAGCUUGAAAGCUCUUUGUACAAAUUGGGCAGAUUGUAUGAUGGCACGUUUUCCGAACACCUUGAGAUGACUAUUCAACUUGGCUACGUGAUUUUGUUUUCCUCUGCCUUUCCGCCAGCUGCGAUCUGCGCCAUGUUUAACAACAUGAUAGAGAUCAGGAGUGAUGCCUUCAAGUUAGCGUACGUUUGCCAAAGGCCGUUUGGACAGAGGGUUCCCAAUAUUGGAACUUGGCAGCACUGCAUGGAGUACAUGAGUAUAAUAGCCGUUUUGGUCAAUUGCGCUUUGAUCGGACUUUCGGGACAGGUGCAUCGCAUGUUCCCAGAUAUGACUGCAACCCAGACUAUCCUGUUGAUUGUGGCAUUGGAGCACAUUAUGUUGUGUAUUCGGUUUAUCAUUACUUGUGCCAUUCCCGAUAUUCCUGGAUGGUUGGCUACGGAAAUGGCAAAGAUCGAAUGGGCCAGAAGAGAGGCAAGCCGCUUGUCCACUGCUACUCCGUCUCCCGAGGACGUUACGUCCAAACUUAUCGGUCGGUUCUCCGUAUCCCCGAGCCAUUCACUGGUCACCCAAGAACCCAAACCAAAGGAGGACAAAAGGAAGGAAGACGUGAAUGCCAAGAAACGGGGAUCUGCUACGAGUAUAUCAUCAGCUCCGACGCCGACGACUCCGACUUCGCAUGUGAUCCACAAACCUAUAUCCAUUACACCUGACAGCAUUCAAGCUAUUCCACCAUUUAAACCAAGAAAGUCUAAAGAUUGGAUGCCUCUCGAGGGUGAGAGUCACCAUUUAACCAUUGGACCUACCGGAGGAGCAGAAUGGGCCAAGAAGCUCAAAGAAGAGAAUGACAUCCAUAGAAGCACGGAUUGUAUCACACCUAAAUUAAGCACUGAUGCUUCAAGCUCGGAUUCAGAUUUGCUGAAGAGCAGUCCAGUUUGGCCUCCUCGUCCAAGGUCACCAUCGGGGGCAGCGAGCUCUGCGCCUAUAGUUAUUAAAACUAAGACGGUUACAACUGAAGCUUCCCUCAGCGACAGCGCUAAGAGUGUUUCCAGUCAAGAAACGGCAGACGAGGCCGCACGAGCUGCCGAAGAACUGGCUGCGAAGAAAACACGUGUCAAGCAGAGUUUAAUGAAGAGGGCUAGAUCCGUGGCGAUUUUUUCUCUUAAACUUAAAGAGAGACGAGCCCGUGAAGCUGCAGAAAAAGCCAAUAAAGCGCCGAUCACGCCAACCGCUCCGCCUCCUCCACCUCCGCAAUGCGGCGGCGGCGAGCUUUCUUGUAUUCCAAUAGAAAAGCUGAUACAAUUGGAGGAUUUGCGACAGAACGCGUUGCAGCGCACCAACCAAAGUGGCUCUCUUUCAUAGUGACCUGUAAAUUUAGAAAGAGUGUAAAACAACAACAACAACAACAAAAUCUUGAUGUAAAAACCAAAAACAUAGUAUUGUAAAUCUUUUAUAGUUAUUAUGUAAGCCUAUAUGAAUAUUAGUAUUAAGGAAUCCGUCGCUUCGUUCAUAGACUGCUUGAGCAAAAGUGCUAUAUGGAAAAUAGGAUAAAAAAAAAA